GCCAACAGACCUGGAAGAAAGACUUUGUCUCGGAGCUAACUCCUGUGCAUUUUGAGAUCAUUCAUCAUGAAGUAUGUAGUACAGGAAUGGCUCAGAGUAACUACCUUGCUAUUCAUAGCUCAAGCAGUUUCUGCAAUGGUUCUUCCCAAUGCCACGCUCUUAGAGGAACUUUUGGAAAAGUACAUGGAUGAAGAUGGUGAGUGGUGGAUCGCCAAGCAGAGAGGGAAAAGGGCUAUCACAGACAGUGAUAUGCAAAGUAUCUUGGAUCUUCAUAAUAAAUUACGGGGUCAGGUGUAUCCACCAGCUUCCAAUAUGGAAUAUAUGACAUGGGACACAGAACUGGAGAGAUCUGCAGAGUCAUGGGCUGAAACGUGUCUCUGGGAGCAUGGGCCUGCAAGCCUUCUUCCAUCAAUUGGGCAGAAUUUGGGGGCACACUGGGGAAGGUACAGACCUCCAACAUUUCAUGUCCAAGCAUGGUAUGAUGAAGUGAGAGAUUUCACGUAUCCCCAUCCUCAUGAAUGCAACCCAUAUUGCCCUUACAAAUGCUCUGGUCCUGUUUGUACACAUUACACACAGGUUGUUUGGGCUACUAGUAGCAGAAUCGGUUGUGCAAUUAAUUUGUGUCAUAACAUGAACAUCUGGGGACAGAUUUGGCCAAAAGCAGUCUAUCUUGUAUGCAAUUAUUCUCCUAAGGGUAACUGGUGGGGUCAUGCUCCUUAUAAACCUGGCCGCCCUUGUUCCGCAUGCCCCCCUAGUUUUGGAGGAGGUUGCAGAGAAAAUCUUUGUUACAGAGAGGAUUCAGAAAGGCCUUAUUCUCCCCACGAACCAGAAGAGGAAACCAAUGAGAUUGAACGGCAGCGAUCCAAAGCCCAGGAUGCAAUGGCGCAAAGCCGGCCGAGAACUCAUUCACCUUCAGGCUCCACAGGCAGUGAUGACAGUGAGAAAAAUGAAGUAAUAAGCACACAGCAAAUGUCUCAGAUUGUUUCAUGUGAAGUAAGACUAAGAGAUCAGUGCAAAGGAACAACUUGCAAUAGGUAUGAAUGUCCUGCUGGCUGUUUGGAUAGCAAAGCCAAAGUUAUUGGAAGUGUACAUUAUGAAAUGCAAUCCAGCAUUUGUAAAGCUGCCAUACAUUAUGGCAUCCUAGAUAAUGAAGGUGGUUGGGUUGAUGUCACUAGGCAAGGAAGGAAAAAUUACUUUAUCAAGUCUUACAGAAAUGGCAUUCAGUCAAUUGGAAAAUAUCAGUCUGCUAACUCCUUCACUGUCUCUAAAGUAACAGUUCAAGCUAUCACCUGCGAAACAACAGUGGAACAAUUGUGCCCAUUUCAAAAACCAGCCUCACACUGCCCAAGGGUGUAUUGUCCUCACAACUGUAUGCAGGCAAAUCCACACUAUGCUCGCGUAAUUGGAACACGAAUUUAUUCUGAUGUAUCCAGUAUCUGCCGGGCAGCAGUACAUGCUGGUGUAGUCCGCAACCAGGGCGGUUAUGUUGAUGUUAUGCCAGUAGACAAAAGAAAGGUGUACGUUGCUUCCUUUCAAAAUGGGAUAUAUUCAGAAAGUUUACAGAAUCCUCCAGGAAGCAAGGCAUUCAGAGUAUUUGCUGUUGUUUGAGUCUAGCAAGUAAAAUGUAAAACAGGCAAGUGAAACCAGAGCACUUGGAAGAGAAUAAUAAAGGCCAUUUCUUAUAAUUCAUAAAAUUUGUAUAAAGCUGUAACAUUAUUGUACAGAAGAUGUAUACUGCUUUCCACCAAAAAGUUUAAAUUACAUAUAUAUCUUAAUGAAAAAAAAUCUGUAAAAGUAAACAUGGGAGAAAAAUUAAUUUGAAAAUCUAUGAUAUAUAACAAUAUUUUGAAUCCUGUGUUAAAUAUUGCUAUAUUUUCUUAGCAGUUACUCCUAUACAGUUAAUUCAAAGCUCAUAAAUGUUCUUUGUUUUCUUCAUCUUAUCGUAUGGUGCUUUAUAUAUGCCACUAACAGUAACCUUAAAAUUAUGCCAUAGGGAGGCCUGAGUUUUUAUUUCCAAUGUACAUAAAAGAAGCCAUCCAAAUAAUUCAAUAUAAUAAAUCAUGCCUUAAAGUAAAAUAAAAAUACAUAUAACUUUUUGAUGAUUUACAGUAGCAAUAGCCAUGCAAGCGUAAAUGAAGAGCUAGACUGUUUUCAAUUUCACAGUAAACAUAACAAGUAUAAAUACCUAUUUUGAAAUGAA